AUGGCUCUCCCGCCGUGCCGCGCCAGCGUGCUCCUGCUCGUUGCCCUCGCGCUGGCGGCGACGAUGGUCUUCAGCUCCGCCGACGCGGUCCCAGCCCCCGCGGCCCUUGAGGCGGCUCAGGAAGCCGCGGCGGCUGACGGGGCACAGGCACAGGCCCCCACAGGCAGCGACGAUGCCAUGCCGGUCGAGCAUGUCGUCGUCGUUGACAAGCGCGGUGGUGGAGGCGGCGGCGGCCGUGGUGGCGGAGGAGGCGGAGAAGGUGGAGGUUCCGUCGGCGGCUCAAGAGGCUGGGGCUUUGGAGGCGCUGGGUACCACGGUCACGGCCACAAGUCGGCGGCCUCCAGUGGCCGCGAUGGCGCCUGGAAGGUGGGCGUCGCCGCCUCGGUUCUGGGCGCCGCCGCCUGGCUGCUGUAG